AAGGACUGAACAGAUAAAGUAACUGGGAGGCUUAAAUAGACAGAUAUGCAAAACACAAAUACAUUUCAUUUUUUAUGCCUGUCAUCAAUUCAUUUCCUUAAUUUAUAAUAGAUUGCCAGAAGGGCAAAUGCAAAUACAGUUAGAAAGAGUAAACUGGCCUAAACUGAUAUAAAAUCCAGUAAGUCUCUAUAUACUUUGGAGCUGGAGUUGAAGGAGUAUUGGGGAAGUCAUUAACAUAGAACUUUAUGUAUGUGUAAUACGUUCUUAAGGACCAUAUCUGAAUUAACACAUAUUUCUUUUUCAGAGUCCUUACAGGACAGUUCUUCGAGAUAAUGCAAUACCAACAAUAUUUGAUCUUACCAGUCAUUUGAACAAUCCACAUAGUAGACACAGAAAACGAAUAAAAGAGCUGAGUGAAGAUGAAAUCAGGACACUUAAACAGAAAAAAAUUGAUGAAACUUGCGAACAGGAACAAAAACAUAAAGAAACCAACAACAGCAAUGCUCAGACACCUGGUGCCGAAGGAGGGGGUGAGGAGCAGGACGAAGACGUCUUACCGCUAAGCCUGGAAGAGAAGGAAAACAAGGAAUACCUGAAGUCUCUGUUUGAAAUCCUGAUUCUUAUGGGAAAGCAAAACAUCCCUCUGGAUGGACAUGAGGCCGAUGAAAUCCCAGAAGGUCUCUUCACCCCUGACAACUUUCAAGCGCUACUAGAGUGCCGGAUAAAUUCUGGGGAAGAGGUCCUGAGGAAGCGCUUUGAGGCAACAGCGGUGAACACGUUGUUCUGUUCAAAAACACAGCAGAAGCAGAUGCUGGAGAUCUGUGAGAGCUGCAUUCGGGAGGAGACUCUCAGGGAGGUGAGGGACUCGCACUUCUUCUCCAUCAUCACUGACGAUGUGGUGGACAUAGCGGGGGAGGAGCACCUGCCUGUGUUGGUGAGGUUUGUCGAUGAGUCUCAUAACCUGAGAGAGGAAUUUGUGGGCUUCCUGCCUUAUGAAGCUGAUGCAGAGAUUCUGGCUGUGAAAUUUCACACAAUGAUAACUGAGAAGUGGGGGCUGAAUAUGGAAUAUUGUCGUGGUCAGGCUUACAUCGUAUCCAGUGGGUUUUCUUCCAAAAUGAAAGUUGUUGCUUCUAGACUUUUAGAGAAAUAUCCCCAAGCUAUCUACACGCUCUGCUCUUCCUGUGCCUUAAAUAUGUGGUUGGCAAAAUCAGUGCCUGUUAUGGGAGUAUCUGUUGCAUUGGGAACAAUUGAGGAAGUUUGUUCUUUUUUCCAUCGAUCACCACAACUACUUUUAGAACUUGACAAUGUAAUUUCUGUUCUUUUUCAGAACAGUGAAGAAAGGGGUAAAGAACUGAAGGAAAUUUGUCAUUCACAGUGGACAGGCAGACAUGAUGCUUUUGAAAUUUUAGUGGACCUAUUGCAAGCACUUGUUUUAUGUUUAGAUGGUAUAAAUAGUGACACAAGUAUUAGAUGGAAUAACUGUAUAGCUGGCAGAGCAUUUGUACUCUGCAGUGCAGUCACAGAUUUUGAUUUCAUUGUUACUAUUGUUGUUCUUAAAAAUGUCCUAUCGUUUACAAGAGCCUUUGGAAAAAAUCUCCAGGGGCAAACUUCUGAUGUCUUCUUUGCAGCCAGUAGCUUGACGGCAGUACUACAUUCACUCAAUGAAGUGAUGGAAAAUAUUGAAGUUUAUCAUGAGUUUUGGUUUGAAGAAGCCACAAAUUUGGCAACCAAACUUGAUAUUCAGAUGAAACUCCCCGGGAAAUUCCGUAGAGCUCAGCAAGGCAACUUGGAAUCUCAACUAACUUCUGAGAGUUACUAUAAAGAAACCCUAAGUGUUCCAACAGUGGAGCAUAUUAUUCAGGAACUUAAAGAUAUAUUCUCAGAACAGCACCUCAAAGCUCUUAAGUGCUUAUCUCUGGUACCCUCAGUCAUGGGACAACUCAAGUUCAAUACGUCGGAGGAACACCAUGCUGACAUGUAUAGAAGUGACUUACCCAAUCCCGACACCCUCUCAGCUGAGCUUCAUUGUUGGAGAAUCAAGUGGAAACACAGAGGGAAAGAUAUUGAGCUUCCAUCCACCAUCUAUGAAGCCCUUCACCUGCCUGACAUCAAGUUUUUUCCUAAUGUGUACGCAUUGCUGAAGGUCCUAUGUAUUCUUCCUGUGAUGAAGGUUGAGAAUGAGCGCCAUGAAAAUGGACGAAAGCGUCUCAAAGCAUACUUGAGGAACACUUUAACAGAUCAAAGGUCAAGUAACUUGGCUUUACUUAACAUAAAUUUUGAUAUAAAACAUGAUCUGGAUUUGAUGGUGGACACAUAUAUCAAACUCUAUACAACUAAGUCAGAGCUUCCUACAGAUAAUUCAGAAACCAUUGAAAAUACCUAAAAGACCUUAGAUAGGCUUUCUGUUAUAUUUGCUAUUUGGAAGAAAUCUGUAAGAUCACUGUAUAUCUUUGCCUAUAGGCUUCCAUUGAAUACAUUAGCCAUUGAUAAUCUACCUAUUUAAGUGGCCCAGUUGAACUCUCGCACUUUGAAGACCUAUCUGUUCUUCCAGAAGAGAACGUUGAAAGUGCCACGUUUUAUUUACUUCUGUGUGAUCUCUGCUAGUGGCACUCUGGAGUUGUUUUUAUCAUUUUAGACAUAACAUUUACUAUCACUGUGGAUCUGCUUGGGUGUUGAGUUAUCAAUUCUUUGAAGAAAUGUAUUUUGAGGAAGUGUGAGAGGAAGGAAUACAUUUCAUGAAAUGUUACAAUGAAGCCCUUGAUUUAUCUUUGACUAGUAGGAGUUUUAAGUAUGUUGUUAAAAAUCUGUAUCGGGCAGUUAAAUUAACAGAGAGAGGCUUAUGACCUCACCAAACAGGAUUUCAAUGUGUUUUUGUCUUUAUCAAAUGAACUUAGAGGAACAAGUUACAGUUGCAGUGUGAAUGGAAGAGCCUGCAGUUCUAUGUCUGGUUGUUGCUGUUUACAUUCCUUUGUUUAACCUACAUCUUCAUAAGCUUAUAGCAGGUAUACGUUGAAAACUUCUGUUCAUGGGUGAAACAGAAUCAGAGGCCAUGGAUACUGACAACUGACUUGUCUGUCUUUUCUUUUUCCAUGACUAUAUCUACUGCCUCAUCUUGAUUUAUAAGCAAAACCUGGAAAACCUACAAAAAUAAGUGUUUUGUGGUUUAUCUAGAAAUAAUAUGGGAAAUAUUACUGUUAUUUUUGGUGAAGAAAAUCAAUUUUGUAUAGUUUAUUUCAAUCUAAAUAAAAUGUGAAUUUUGUUUAAA